AGGAAAGAACACCUCCUCACCUUUCCACCCGAGAGUAGGAGGAAAAUCAACAUCAAGCAUCAGCAGGAGCACUAGGAGAAGGAGAGCCGUGGUAGCAGCACUAAAAGAAGAACAAGAAUAAGGAGUGAUAGUAGUAAUAGUAAGAGGAGGCGAAGAGCCAAGUGAUGAUGACACAUGUCAACACCACCACCAUCACCAUCACCAACACUAGGAACAGUACGAGCAGCACCACCACCUCUGCCAUCGCCGCCGCUAUCUUCAUUACCACCAGCUCCACCACACUGAUGCCAUCGUGGAACCAGGUCAUUCUAUUUAAACCAUUUCAAUGACUUUCUCAACAUGUUUUUUAUCAUCAAGUCUUUGUUACUCUGUGGAUUAAUUUGUUUCGGAACUGUAUGUGCCACGCGGCAGUUGAUGUGCGAACACUGUAAUACAAAUGUAUGUAAUGGCACUAUAGAGUGUUUCGCUGAACCUGACAAACAUACUCACUGCUAUGCUACAUGGCGCAAUGGUUCCGAUGGAGUGGAGAUUUUAAUGAAAGGUUGCUGGCUUGACCAUGAGAAUUGUUACAAUAAGAUGGAUUGUGUCGCAUCUGAUUCGACAGCAAAUGUCUACUAUUGUUGCUGUGAGAGUGAAAUGUGCAAUCAAAAUAUCUCUUUUAAAGCUCUUCCACCACCCCCUACAGUUGCAGCAGUUACUAAAGAUCCUGUUGUUAUUAACAAGGACCCUAACAAAACACUGGUCACAAUCAUAUGCGCCCUCGUACCAAUUGCAGCUGCGUCCAUCUUCAUUAUUGUUAUGUUUUACAUAUGGCAGCACUAUGACUAUUUCCAGAGAUUCCAUCGGCCGGUUUAUCGAGAACAGAUACCUACCAUUGACCCAAAUGUCAUUUCUCCCAAUCAAUAUCUUCCAGUCCAACUGCUGGAACUAAUAGCUCGGGGACGGUUCGGGGCAGUGUGGAAGGCCAGUCUGGUCGAUGAAUAUGUCGCUGUAAAAGUGUUCCCACUGCAAGACAGGGAAUCGUGGCUCAACGAGCAGGAGAUUUACAGUUUGCCACAUAUAAGGCAUGAGAACAUUUUGCGAUUCAUCGCUGCCAAGCAAGACACAGUUAAGGGUGACUUGUGGUUGAUCACUGAAUAUCAUGAGAAAGGGUCACUCUGCGACUUCCUCAAAGGGAACUGCAUUUCCUGGAGUGAAUUGUGCAAGAUUGGUGAAAGUAUGGCACGUGGACUAGCUUUUCUCCACGAGGACAUCCCACUAGUCCGUGGGCAAGACUUUAAACCUGCUGUUGCUCAUCGAGACUUUAAGAGUAAAAACGUACUUCUAAAAUCGGAUUUAACAGCUCUAAUAGCUGACUUUGGUUUGGCAUUAAAGUUUGAUCCUUCAAGAGCUCCUGGAACCACUCAUGGUCAGGUUGGAACCAGAAGAUACAUGUCUCCAGAAAUUCUUGAAGGAGCUAUAACGUUCACACGAGAUGCAUUCAUUCGGAUUGAUAUGUAUGCAUGUGGUUUGAUUUUAUGGGAGCUUAUGUCUCGCUGUUCUGCUAUUGAUGUACCUGUUGAUGAAUAUCAAUUGCCAUUUGUGGAAGAAAUUGGUUUGCACCCUACAUUGGAAGAGAUGCAACAAAUUGUUGUCAUAAAGAAAAUACGUCCAGCAAUUAAAGAAAGUUGGCGAAAAACAGCUAACAUGGACUUAUUGUGUACGACGAUAGAAGAGUGCUGGGAUCAAGAAGCUGAUGCUCGUUUGUCGGCAAAGUGUGUUGAAGAACGAUUUAUUCAUAUGAUUUCAACAAAUAUAUCUACCUCAGAAGCAUCAACUCCAAGUAUCGUUAUUAUGCCUACUGGCCAAGAAAUUCCGUCAAAAGAAAGCAACAUCUGUUGAAGAGAGGGAAGGAAUUAAACACAUACAACACAACAUACACACACACACACACACACACGCACACACACACACACACACACACACUUGAAACAAGCAAACAAAAAAAAAACAAGAAAGAAGACAAAA